CCCUAUGCGAUAUCGCCAACGCCAAACCACAAAUCUCGUGUUUGAAGGCCGAAGGAAGCAACGUGCCUGCUAUUCAAACACCUUCCAGACUUCAAGCAAUGCCCGCAGCCAGAAGCAGAGAAAGUUACUAGUCUAUUCAACUGUGGACCACAGUAGUUUCAUCUUUCAACCUCAACAGACGGAAAAUCCUACCUAGUUCAGCAUUCCGUACAGCCAAAACCUCCAGUGCCGUCUCAAGCUUCCAGAAGUGCUCUCCUUCAAGCAACCUCUUAUCAGGAACUUAUAUAUUAUAAUAGUGACAUGGCAAACAGCAAGUAUGAGUAUGUGAAAUCCUUUGAAGUUGAAGAUGAGGUGAUGCUACCCAACAUAAUUGUUGUACGAAUCAACAACUGCAAUAUUUGCAGAUUAUCUGAUGUUCAUGAACUUGAGAAACCUAAUGAUGAGAGACUUCUAAACUUAAUGAAUUCAUGUGCAAUUUCUGUUUUGGAAGAGUUUUCGGACAUAGUCUUCUCAUACGGAUAUGGCGACGAGCAUAGUUUUGUCUUCAAGAAGUCAACCAAAUUUUACCAAAGACGUUCCAGCAAAAUCUUGUCCCUUAUUGUAUCGUUUUUCACCACUUUAUACGUCACAAAAUGGAAGGAGUACUUCCCUGACAAGGAUUUGCAAUAUCCCCCUUCAUUUGAAUCUCGAGUCAUCAGCUGUGCAUCAUCUGAGGUUGUCCAAAUGUAUCUUGCAUGGAGACAGAUUGAAUGUCAUGAGAGUAAUCAAUAUAAUACUUGUUUAUGGAUGCUCAUUAAAUGUGGGAAGAAAGAAAAUGAUGCCAGAGAAGCUUUAAAGGGAACCCAGAAACAAGGGAAACAUGAGCUGCUUUUCAAGCAAUUUGGUGUCAAUUACAAGAACCUUCCAUCGAUGUUUCGGCAAGGAUCGUGUAUUUUGAAAACAGAGGUGGAAGAUAUUGUAAAAUAUAAUGAUAGUGGCGUUCCUGUUAAAAGACUGCGUAAAAAGGUGAUACUGGUCCAUUCAGGACAAAUAGCUUCCAGCAGCUUCUGGAAUGGGCAUACAUAUCUAUGUAAAGAAGUAGGAGAGUUUGGUAAAAGCAUCACCAAAUUGGAUCCAGACUAUAUCAAGUCCUUCCAAUUUGAGAACAAGAUGAUGCUUUCAACUUGGAUUGUUGUUAGAAUUGAUGGUGUCCACUUUCACAGGUUUUGUGAUGCUCAUCAAUUUGAGAAACCAAACGAUGAGCAGGCCUUGAAUCUUAUGAAUGCAUGUGCUUCAUCUGUGUUGGAAGAGUUCCAGGAUAUUGUCUUCUCAUAUGGAGUAAGCGACGAGUACAGCUUUGUUUUCAAGAAGGAUUCACAGUUCUAUCAGAGGCAUGCCAGUGGAAUAGUAUCUGUCAUCGUUUCGUUCUUCUCUUCCAUGUAUAUAAUGAAAUGGAGAGAACAUUUCCCUAAGAAAGAGUUGAAAUGUCUACCAUAUUUUGAUGGAAGGGCGGUAUGUUAUCCAUCAACAGGGAUACUUAAAGAUUAUUUAACAUGGAGACAAGUUGAUUGCCACAUUAACAAUCAGUAUAACACUUGUUUUUGGAUGCUUGUUAAGUCUGGGAUGAGCAAGAGGGAAUCUCAAGAAUAUUUAAAGGGCUCACAAACUAAUCAGAAGAAUGAAUUACUAAUCCAAAAAUUUGGUAUUGACUAUAAGAAAUUACCAGCUAUGUUCCGUCUUGGAUCCUCUGUCUUCUGGGACAAGGAAGAGAAUAUUAUUGCAGGAAAAUCAAGGAAGAUAGUUGUGGUUGAUUGUUGCAAUAUAAUUGAUGAGAGCUUCUGGGAUGAACACGCAACAAUUCUUGCUUAAAUGGCUCCUCAGGCUGUUAUCACUUUCUUCUUCAAUGGGUUUCUCAACUCCAUCUAUGCUUCUUCUACUCAUAGCUCUGUUGGGGUCGUCUGCUGUGGUGGUUGCGGUUGAUCUUGUUUGGGCUUUGGCUCGCUACUUCCAGCAGUUGGUUUAUUCUCAGUUGGAGUGAUUCUUUUCGGUUGCCUUACAGAGAGUAUUCCAGCUUGAAACUUUGCGGUUAGUUUAUUGGUGUCGCAGUUAGAGGAGGCAGACAAUUCUUUAGUGAACCGGGUCCAUUUGUUUCCUCCAAUAGGACGCUCUCCACUAAUCCUCAAUGUUCCAGAACUACUGAUUUGAACUCUCAGCUGAUCUUUUUUGAACUCUACAAAAAUAACAAGAAAAAACAAUGGAUUUGAAAGUCAUGAUUUUUUUUUGUGAGUGAUAUAAUUCCAAUAUAAGAGAAAGGGAAAGAACAGACCAGGCAGGUAUAGGAGGAGUGUGUCGCUUUCAUUUCCACGUUUCCAUUCUGUCACGGGCUCAAAGUCCUGGUAGCUGCGAUUUCCUGCCAUUUUCGGGUUGGGAUUUGGAUAGGCGAAAUCUGUGUAUUAAUGGGUGAGGAAGAGAAGAUAGAAAUGGUGGACUUAAAUAGUUAUGGGAACCUAUUGUUAACUUGUAGUAUAUUUAAUAAAUGGUUGCUUUUGCCC